UUGUUUUGUCUUCCCAGCUGUUUAACUCUUCCUGGGAUUGGUAUAUAAAAGAGCCCGUGGGGUGCUGGAGCAUCACUGCAUUUAUUUUGGACCAUGGAUUCCUCAAGCAACCUCAUUGUCUUUCUUGCAGGGCUCUUAGCUGUGAUGCCCGUUUAUGCCAAUUUGUAUGGUAAGUAGCAUCCUUAGGUGCUUCUUCACUGCGGGACUAAUGAAGUUUGGAACAAACUUAACUGCCAUGGCACAAUGCUUUGUCACCCUGGGAGUUGCAGCUUUGCCAGCCUUCUCUGUGUCACAUCAUGCUGCAAUUCCUGGAUCAUAUCAGGCCAACCCUUUUUUGUCAUCUCACAGAAACAUGCAAUUAUCCUUCAGACCCGGGGCCAUGCCACGUAUACGAGCGCCGUUACUUCUACAACUCACAUUCAAAGAAGUGUGAGGUUUUCUAUUACAGUGGCUGCAAGGGGAACGAGAACAAUUUUAGGACUUUGCGGGAAUGCCAAGCAACAUGCAGAGAGCCGUGCUACCUCCCACCGAAUCCCGGUCUGUGUCGAGGGAAAGGUCACUAUUAUUACUACAACUUGACUUCCCACACAUGUGAGAAAUUCCCUUACGGGGCUUGCAAAGCAAUCGGAAACAAUUUCAAGACUUGGGAGCAGUGCCAAUACACCUGUGUAGAAAAACCUGGCACCUGCCCCAUCCCUCCUGAAGAUCUCAUCACCAUCUGCCCAGUGAAUUGUGUGAGUGACUGGGCAUGCCCUGGCAAGGAGAAGUGCUGCAAUUGGGGGUGCAUGGUGGACUGCAUGAGUCCCAAGUAAGGAGGCAUGGAUGGAGAUCCAGCACCAGCAGCCAUUCCAAAGGUCAAGGCAGGGCACCCACUUGGAUCAUGGACUCCGGCAUCCCCAACCCUUGUCUGGCUUCCUCCUCCUCCUUCUCCAAUAAAACGUUUUGUACUGUG